UCACAUUGAUGCCUUACCAUGGCAAUCACGUGAACCCAAAUGCCCUUCGUACCGUCGAGCCAUUCAGCGCAGCGAGUUCUCCUGCGAGGCUGGGUUCAACCUUCGCCAGCCUUAUCCCCAUUUCCAAGUGUACCACCACAUCCCCGUCAUGGUUCAUUCACUCUUUAUCAAGAAACGAUGUUUGAGUCUACCGGGAGACUUAAACUCUGGAACACUCCCUACUCUAAGUAAGAGCCAUGCGUCUACUAAAGCGCAGCGGCAAUGGGGAGCUCAGUAUGACCGACGACCUGGUUGAGGACGAUAUCCGUCGGAAAUACGCCAUCCUCUCGCAUACAUGGAUACACGGCGAGGAGGUUACAUUCGAGGAAUUUCAGAAAGGUACGGGAACGCACAAAGCUGGAUACAAGAAGAUCGAGUUCUGUGGAGAGCAGGCCGCUCGCGAUGGGUUAGAGUAUUUCUGGGUGGACACUUGCUGUAUCGAUAAGUCCAACAACACUGAGCUGUCGAAGGCCAUCAACUCCAUGUUUCGAUGGUACCGCGAUGCGACGCGAUGCUAUGUCUAUCUGUCGGAUGUAUCAGAGCCGGUCCCUAAUACAAACAACUCGCAUUCGCCACCUUGGGAGACGGACUUUCGGCGAAGUCGAUGGUUUAGGAGAGGCUGGACGCUUCAAGAGCUGAUCGCUCCUAAGGUAGUCGAGUUUUUCUCCAAAGACCGAGUGUGGCUGGGAAACAAGAGAUCGCUCGAACAGCAGAUUCGCAAAAUCACCGGGAUUCCUGCGGCGGCCCUUCAAGGAGGUGCACUCUGUCAAUUUAGCGUAAAAGAAAAACUGUUAUGGGCUCAAGGUCGCGAGACAACGGGGGCGGAAGACCAAGCAUACUCAUUGCUGGGGAUUUUCGGGGUGAGCAUGGCAAUGAUUUACGGGGAAGGAAUAGACGAAGCGUUCCGGCGGCUCCAUUUGGAAAUUGAGAGAAUAUCCAAAGGCAACCAAUUCGAAGACUUCUCGGUCAGCUUUAGUCUCGCGGAUGUUUCCGAAACUGAGCAAUUCGUCGCAAGACAGACAGAAUUGCUAGAAAUGCACAAGACCCUUCAAGGCGAUGGUAGUCGUCGCAUCGCUGUCCUUCACGGUCUGGGAGGAAUCGGUAAAACUCAGCUCACGGUCGCCUAUGCUAAGCGGUAUCGAGACAAUUACUCGGCGGUGCUCUGGCUCAACGCCAAAGACGAAGACUGUCUCAAGCAGAGCUUUGGCAAUGUAGCUCGGAGAAUACUCCAAGAACAUCCGUCUGCUCCACGUCUCGGUGGUGUGGAUUUGAAAGGGAUCUUAGACGAAGUAGUAGAAGCGGUCAAAGGGUGGCUAAGUGUCUCCAAGAACACCAGAUGGCUCGUCAUCUAUGACAACUACGACAAUCCUAAAUUACGAGACGAUUCGAACCCGACAGCAUUAGAUAUCAAACGAUUCCUCCCUGAAUCAUACCAAGGGUCGAUCAUUAUUACCACGAGGUCGUCGCAGGUUACAGUCGGCCGUCGUAUACCAGUCGGAAAAUUGGAGGAUAUGCAGGACAGCAUCGAGAUUCUAUCGAAUGCGGCAAGACGAAACGGACUACGCGAUGAUCCGGACGCCAUCGCACUUGUCAAAGAGUUGGACGGACUUCCUCUUGCACUAGCAACAGCCGGAUCAUACUUGGAUCAAGUGGCAGUCAGCUUGGCCGAGUAUCUUCAGCUGUACAAAGCAUCAUGGCUGAAGCUACAGAAAAAGAGUCCGGGACUAAGCUCGUAUGAAGACCGAAAGCUCUAUUCGACCUGGAACAUUUCUCUAGGCCAUGUCCGACGGCAGAACAUGCUCUCGGCUCAGCUUCUUCAACUGUGGGCGUAUUUCGAUAAUCAAGAUCUUUGGUUCGAGCUUCUUCAGCACAACGACUUAGAAGAUCCCGAGUGGAUUCGUGCGGUCACUGAGGACCGAAUCAACUUCAACGAUGCUGUUCGAGUGUUAUGUGACCAUGGACUGGUGGAAGCGGAUUCAUUGUCGCACGAGUUGGAGUCUCGUGGAUACAGCAUGCACAGCUGCGUACACUCCUGGACUCGUCAUAUGUUAAAUCAAGAGUGGAACUGUAACCUAGCGAAGCUAGCGCUGAAGUGUGUCGGAUUACAUAUUCCUGGAACUUCGAGUGAUCGGUGGUGGAUUACGCAGCGACGGCUUCUAGGGCAUGCGGCCAGGUGUUCCUUAAUGGAGACAGAGGCAUACGGCGAGAUGGAAUGGGCGUUACAUAACCUGGGCCUGCUCUACGGCGACCAAGGGAAACUGAAGGAGGCAGAAGAGAUGUACAUGCGAGCGCUACAAGGAACGGAGGAGGCGCUUGGACCGAAGCACACAUCCACUCUUAUUACUGUGGGCAACUAUGGUGAGCUGUAUACGAAGCAAAACAGGCUAGUCGAUGCCGAUAAGCUGAUCCAACGGGCUCUGCGAGGAUUGGAGAAACUACUUGGCCCUGAUCAUUUGAUUACACUGGGGGCAGUCAAUGGCGCUGGUCUUUUGUAUCACAAACAAGGUCGGCUUUCUCAUGCAGAGAGGACGUAUCAGCGAGCAUUACAAGGAUAUGAGAAGGCAGUCGGGAGUGAACAAGCCAAGACUUAUGUCCCUGCGCUUGACGUAGUGGAUAACCUCGGUAAUCUAUAUGUGGAGAUGGGAGAGGAGGAGAAGGCACUGGAGAUGUAUUUGAAUGCUCUUUCAGGAUUUGAAGUUGUGCAAGGCCGGUGUAAGAACCACUUCGUCUCCUUCCUGCAUAAGAGCUCUCUACACUAUCAGGACGGUUGA